AUGGCUGAGCACCAUGAAGAGGUCAGCGGGAGACACAAGGAUGGCGACCUGGGCGCUAUGCCCUCGUGUAAGGAUGAUGACAAGCUCUCCUACAGACGCUCCGCUUGCUGGGCAGGAUCGUUCGGCAAAGCCUUCCUAGCCCGAGACUUGUCGAACAACGAACUGGUCGUGAUGAAGCAGGUUCGAGUCGAGAAGAUGGAUGCCAAGGUUCGUCUGGUCAUUUUCCAGAAAAGGGAUCUGGAAGCACGUGAGCCGGAUGGCCCCGAGGAGGCGGCCUGCAGCGGCGAAAGCUGCUCCAAGGUGGGACAUCAGGUACACUUGAAAGGGAAGUACAAGGGAGAUGCAGCGGAGUGUGUAGGGGAGGUCGAGAGCUUAGUCGAGGACCAAGAGGGUCAGUGGAUCAAGUUGGAUCUGACGGGGACUCCUCAUGUGGGGUUGCAAGAGUGGCGGAAGUCCUGCCAAGACGCGUUUUAUGCGAAUCGGGCACCUCUCCUGAAAUCAUUAGAUGCGGGAGUGGACGGGUUGUUUUGCGCGCGCGAGGUGCGAGAGGUAGAUCCCCUCUUAGAGUGGAAGUCCAACCUGACCGAGCUGAGGCGGGACCUGGAAGCUCUCCCCGGGUUGGAAGCUGUCGCCAGAGAUUUGGGCUAUGGAGUAACGGGAGGUGUGGGGAAUUUACUGCCGCCGCCUCCUGCUCAGAGGGAAGAGGGAGAGUCUGCAAAAAAGCCGAGGAAGCUACGCGGCAAGGAGCGCGUUCGCCAGAUGGUUCAGCAGAGCACGUGGUCGUGGGCCGGUUCAUCCCUAGACCCCAAAUUCAAGAGGCCCAAGGUGGGGUUGAAAAGGAAGAGAGAGCAGAGCAGCAGUUCCUCCAGCGUCAGUCACAGUGGGAGCGGGGAGAGGUCAGAGCAGGAGGAUCUGUUUCCAGAGGAGUCUCAGACGAAACACAUCGCUCGAAAAUGCCCAGGACUUCUCUCAAGAUUUGCGAUCAAGGAGGCAAAGAAGCGACUCCUAACCCAGGUAGGGGAGGAAGCUGGGAACCAUGCUCCAAGUCCAGUUUUCGUCCGUUAUUACCGACAGGUCUUCGCGCAUUCGGGAGCGUCGACUCCUAUGAAGCGAGAGUAUUUGACUCUUGCCACAUGUCUCGACUCUAUCAUCGAGGGCAACAUCUUGAAGUGCCUGGAUGUGGGAGUUCAGAGGUUGAAAGCGGUCGAGCAAAUGAGUCUGGGAGCCGCGGCGCAAUUGGCAAAUCGUCUCGAGUUAAUCCCGCCAGAAACCUCGGUUCUAGCAUCCCUAGAAGAGAGUCGCGGGGCUGCGCAAGAACACCGCCGAGAAGAGAAAAUCAGAGGCUCUUGGAAGGGCAAAGGAAAGUGGGAGAGCAAUUGGAAUCGCCAGGUGUUGGAGGAGCAAGCCUUCAAAUGGGAGAAAGGAUCCAAGAGUGCCAAGGGAAAGGAUCCAAAGGGCAAACCGGGAGGAGUGAUUAGUGUGGGGUCCACCUCCGAAUCUGUUGUUUCAGUGUCUCCUCCUGAAGUGCGGGAGGAGCCGUGUUCUUCCCUGCCAUCUGAUCUGGUUGGUCAUGUCGGGCAGCUAGGUGUACUGCUUGGAAAGUGGCUUGAUGUCAACUCACAUUUGCGAGUGGGAUAUGAGCAAUCUGUUCCAAGCAAGCAUCCUUCCACGGCAGAGGUCUUCCCUUUGCCUAUGCUUCCGGGCGGUCUGCCUCCCGAGGAGCAUAUUUGGCUUCAAGCUGCGAUCCGAGCAUUAAACUGGCUAGCCUGCGGGGAUUUGACUUUAGGUGAAGCUCCAGCUAGCAGGGUUCAAGAGUCUUUGCUGACGGUCCUGCGUGAGUCGUUCAGGGUCGAGCGUCUGGGCUCUCACGUGUUCGAUUCCAUUCCCAUGGAAGACUACUGGAAGUCUAAAGGUGUCAACGGUUAUGGUGAAGAGGUCAUCCGUGUUGAGGGAAAGCCCAUCCUCGGCGGCCUCUUCGGCGUGCCAAAAAAUGAGGAGAUCGGAGGAGUACCGGUGCUGCGUUUAAUCAUGGAUUUGCGGCCCAUCAACCAGUUGUUUGAGUCCAUUGCAGGUGACCUCCACACGUUGCCAAUGCUUAGUCAACUCUUUCCUCUCGAGAUUUUUCCUAACGAGGAUGUUUUAGUUAGCUCGGAAGACAUCAAGGCGAUGUUUUAUAUUGUGGGCCUUCCAAGCGAGUGGAGACCUCUCCUAGCCUUCGGGAGAGAAGUCCCCAAACAUUUGCGACCUGCAGGGGUCAAUGAGCCCUGUGUGCUGACAAGUCGAGUACUGCCGAUGGGAUUCAUCAAUUCUGUGUCGGUAGCCCAGAGCCUCCAUCGUAGCAUUGUCAAUCGUGCGGUGGAUGAAUUGGGAAUCAGCCGUGACAAAGAAAUCAGGCGAGAUCAGUCGCUCCCAAUUUCAGCACUGUCGUACCGUGUCUAUCUGGACAAUUUCGACUCGCUGGUGAGGACCAAUCGGGAGGCAGCGAGUCUCCUUGAAGGUUCCUUGAGCCCUUUGGCAGCAGAACUCAGGCAGGUGUAUGGCAAACUUGAUGUUCCAGUGAACGAGAAGAAAUCCAAUCGCAGCGCGCUUCAGGGUGAAAUGCAAGGAGGUUGGAUUGACGGGCGUGAAGGGACCAUCUGUCCUAAGCCUGACAAAUUUGCCCGGUACCUGAGGGCGUGUUGGUAUUUGCUACAAAGCAAAACGUCCAACCUCAAGCGAAUUCAAGUGGUUGCCGGAGGGCUUGUUUAUCUGUUCAGCUACCGUCGCUGUCUAAUGAGUUGCCUAAACGAGGUUUGGCAGUUCAUUUCAUCUUUCGAAGGAAAUGUCAGUGUAUGGAAAGCUAUCCCCGAUGUCGUCAAGAAGGAGUUGUUCUGUUGUGCAGCUUUAGCCCCGUUGUCGUACAUGGACUUGAGGCUCCCUUUUGAUGCACUCGUCAGCGCCAGCGAUGCCAGUGAAACUGGUGGAGGCCUUUCGGUGUCCACAGGUGUCACUGACAUGGGGGUUCAAGCAGCGGGGAAGCUCGUGAGGGGCUCGUAUGGCCUUGCGUGUGAUGACGUGCAACUUCUGGUCAUCUCUCUGUUUGAUGGGAUUGCAGCGUGCCGAGUUGCUUUGGACGUCUUGGGGGCCCAGGUAGGUGCCUACGUUGCGGUGGAGGCGGACCCGUGCGCCAAGCGGGUUGUGGAGAGCGCCUUCGCUUCAGUUGAGUUCGUCAACACAGUUGAUGAGGUUUUCUUCCUCAUGGAAAGCGUGUCGUCUAUGUCAGAUGGGGAUCUGGCGUCUGUGACGCGUUCAGCAGGGAUCCUGCCUUAUGAGUUGGACGCAUGUGGCCUCACACCUUGUCGCAGGAAUCGGCUGUUUUGGUUCAAUUGGCAGGUUUCAAGUGAACCAGGGGUAGAGAUCAUUAGGCCUUCAACCUCUGAGCCCACUGAUUACGGGAGAAUUGCUUUUCUCCUGCCAGUCCCUCCUGACCCUUACCUGACGCCUGGUUGGUCACUUGCGGGAGGUAUCGGUCAAAAAGUUCCAGCUUUCGUGGCGGCGCAGCCGAAGGCGCAACCGGGUUUGCGUCCUGCAGGGAUCGAUUCUUGCACUGAACGUGAUCUUGCUUAUUGGGAAGCUGAUAAGUUUAGGUUUGCCCCAUACCAGUACAAGUAUCAGCAUGGCCUGGUUCAUCUCAAGCAUGGUUGGAGGUUGGCUAAUGCUUACGAGAGGGAAGCUAUGCUGGGUUUCCCUCUUGGCUACACAGUAGAGUGUUGGCCAAAAUCAGACCGCAAACGUGAUCCUGCAAAGCAUGACAACUAUCGUUUGAGUUUGCUAGGGAACUCGAGCUCGGUUCCUGUUAUAGCAUAUCUUUUGUUGCAUUUGUUGGCUCCACUCAAACUCUGUGAAGAUCAGACGGUCAACCAAAUCCAGAAAAACUGCCAGCCAGGACAAAGCAAACAUCUGAAUAGCUUUUUGACCCGUCCACCCUGGACAGCGGCGCGUCAAGGCAAAGCAGAUGGCAAUGAUGCCAUGUUGGUGCGCAAAUUGUCUUCCCUCAUGUCAACGCGAGGGACUGAUGUGUUGUUGCAGGCUGGAACUGAACCAGCGCGUUCCUAUGACCGUUUGCGCACGUCCGUUCCUGCGCGCCUGUGGAAAUGGGCUACAGCUUGCUCUUGGAAAUGGAAGAAGGGCGGGUCAGGAGAAGUUGAACAUAUAAACCGACUCGAAUUGCGUGCAGUGUUGACGUCCGUGAAAUGGCGCAUCCUAAAGGCAAAGCAAACGCGAACGCGCUACCUUCAUCUGGUGGACAGCUUAGUGUCGCUUCACGUCAUCAACAAAGGCCGCAGUUCCAGCCGGAAGUUGAGGACAAUCCUGAAAAAGAUCAGUGCAUGGCUGUUGUUGUCUGCUAACGCUUGCGUUCUCGGUUAUGUCGACACUGGGCAAAAUCCCGCGGAUGCGCCCUCGCGGCGCGGACAAAAGCGCAAAUGGGGAAGCGGGAGGUAG